CCCGCGCGCUCGCCUUUUAAUCAUGGCCCCGUGUCUGUGUGCGAGUGCGGGCGGGCUGACAAUGAUUUCCUCAGUGAUUACGUACAGAGCGAGUCCCUGCGGGCCGGGGGCCCCCUCUGGAGCCAUCCUGAUGGCUUUGGGGGCCCUGCUUCCAUUUUCCAUUAUUAUGUGGACUACCGGAGCGACGGCGCAGUCCGAGACCUCGCAGGAUGUCUCGCCGCAAGCAAGCGAAGCCGCGGUCCCUCAAAGACCCCAACUGUAAGCUGGAGGACAAGCCGGAGGAUGGCGAGGCGCUAGACGGCCAGAAGCGGCCGGAGGACGCGGAGGAGCUGGAGGACGAGGCGGUGCACAGCUGCGACAGCUGCCUGCAGGUGUUCGAGUCGCUGAGCGACAUCACCGAGCACAAGAUCAACCAGUGCCAGCUGGCAGAUGGCGUGGACGUGGAAGAUGACCCCACCUGCUCGUGGCCGGCCUCCUCGCCCUCCAGCAAGGACCAGACCUCCCCGAGCCACGGCGAAGGCUGCGAUUUCGGAGAGGAGGAGGGGGGCCCCGGCCUGCCGUACCCCUGCCAGUUCUGCGACAAGUCCUUCAGCCGCCUCAGCUACCUGAAGCACCACGAGCAGAGCCACAGCGACAAGCUGCCGUUCAAGUGCACCUACUGCAGCCGCCUCUUCAAGCACAAGCGCAGCCGCGACCGCCACAUCAAGCUGCACACGGGCGACAAGAAGUACCACUGCAGCGAGUGCGACGCCGCCUUCUCCCGCAGCGACCACCUCAAGAUCCACCUGAAGACGCACACGUCGAACAAGCCCUACAAGUGCGCCAUCUGCCGCCGCGGCUUCCUGUCCUCCAGCUCCCUGCACGGGCACAUGCAGGUGCACGAGCGCGGCAAGGACGGCGCGCCGCCGGGCUCCCGGCUGGACGACUGGAAGCUGAAGGACACGCAGAAGUGCAGCCAGUGCGAGGAGGGCUUCGACUUCCCCGAGGACCUGCAGAAGCACAUCGCCGAGUGCCACCCCGAGUGCUCCCCCAGCGAGGACCGCGCCGCGCUGCAGUGCGGCUACUGCCACGAGCUCUUCGUGGAGGAGACCUCGCUGCUGGGCCACGUGGAGCAGGCGCACGGCGGGGAGAAGAAGAACGCGUGCGGCCUGUGCUCGGAGAGCUUCCUCACCGCGGAGGAGCUGUACAGCCACGUGGACAGCCACCAGCCGGCCGAGUCCUGCAACCACAGCGACAGCCCGUCCCUCGUCACCGUGGGCUACACCUCCGUGUCCAGCACCACGCCCGACUCCAACCUGUCGGUGGACAGCUCCACCAUGGUGGAGGCCGCCCCGCCCCUGCCCAAGAGCCGCGGGCGGAAGCGGGCCGCCCCGCAGGCCGCCGACGUGGCCGGGGCCUCGGGCAAGCAGGCCAAGGUGACCUACAGCUGCAUCUACUGCAGCAAGCAGCUGUUCUCGAGCCUGGCCGUGCUGCAGAUCCACCUGAAGACGAUGCACCUGGACAAGCCCGAGCAGGCGCACAUCUGCCAGUACUGCCUGGAGGUGCUGCCCUCGCUGUACAACCUGAACGAGCACCUGAAGCAGGCGCACGAGGCCCAGGACCCCGGCCUGCUCGUGUCGGCCGUGCCCGCCAUCGUCUACCAGUGCAACUUCUGCUCCGAGGUCGUCAACGACCUCAACACGCUCCAGGAGCACAUCCGCUGCUCGCACGGCUUCGCCAACCCCGUGGCCAAGGACAGCAACGCCUUCUUCUGCCCCCACUGCUACAUGGGCUUCCUCACGGACUCCUCCCUCGAGGAGCACAUCCGGCAGGUCCACUGCGACCUCAGCGGCUCCCGGUUCGGGUCGCCCGUGCUCGGGACGCCCAAGGACCCCGUCGUCGAGGUCUACUCCUGUUCCUAUUGCACCAACUCCCCCAUCUUCAACAGCGUCCUCAAGCUGAACAAGCACAUCAAAGAGAACCACAAGAACAUCCCCCUGGCCCUGAACUACAUCCACAACGGGAAGAAAUCCCGGGCCCUGAGCCCGCUGUCCCCCGUGGCCAUCGAGCAGGCCUCCCUGAAGAUGAUGCAGGCGGCGGGGGGCGCGCCCGCGCGGCCGGCCGGGGAGUACGUCUGCAACCAGUGCGGCGCCAAGUACGCGUCCCUGGACAGCUUCCAGACGCACCUGAAGACGCACCUGGACACGGUGCUGCCGAAGCUGACCUGCCCGCAGUGCAGCAAGGAGUUCCCCAACCAGGAGUCGCUGCUGAAGCACGUGACCAUCCACUUCAUGAUCACCUCGACCUACUACAUCUGCGAGAGCUGCGACAAGCAGUUCACCUCGGUGGACGACCUGCAGAAGCACCUGCUGGACAUGCACACCUUCGUCUUCUUCCGCUGCACGCUGUGCCAGGAGGUCUUCGACUCCAAGGUGUCCAUCCAGCUGCACCUGGCGGUGAAGCACAGCAACGAGAAGAAGGUGUACCGCUGCACCUCCUGCAACUGGGACUUCCGCAGCGAGGCCGACCUGCAGCUGCACGUGCGCCACAACCACCUGGAGAACCAGGGCAAGGCCCACAAGUGCAUCUUCUGCGGCGAGGCCUUCGGCACCGAGGUGGAGCUGCAGUGCCACAUCACCACGCACAGCAAGAAGUACAACUGCCGCUUCUGCAGCAAGGCCUUCCACGCCAUCAUCCUGCUGGAGAAGCACCUGCGCGAGAAGCACUGCGUCUUCGAGGCCAAGACGCCCAACGGCGGGGCCAACGGGGCGUCCGAGCAGGUGCAGAAGGAGGAGGCGGAGCUGCAGACGCUGCUGACCAACAGCCAGGAGUCGCACAACAGCCACGACGGCAGCGAGGAGGACGUGGACGCGUCGGAGCCCAUGUACGGCUGCGACAUCUGCGGGGCGGCCUACACCAUGGAGACGCUGCUGCAGAACCACCAGCUGCGCGACCACAACAUCCGGCCGGGCGAGAGCGCCAUCGUCAAGAAGAAGGCGGAGCUCAUCAAAGGGAACUACAAGUGCAACGUGUGCUCCCGCACCUUCUUCUCCGAGAACGGGCUCCGCGAGCACAUGCAGACGCACCUGGGCCCCGUCAAGCACUACAUGUGCCCCAUCUGCGGCGAGCGCUUCCCCUCGCUGCUCACGCUCACCGAGCACAAGGUCACGCACAGCAAGAGCCUGGACACAGGGAACUGCUGCAUCUGCAAGCUGCCGCUGCAGAGCGAGGAGGAGUUCCUGAAGCACUGCCAGAUGCACCCCAACCUGCGCAACUCACUCACCGGCUUCUGCUGCGUGGUCUGCAUGCAGACGGUCACCUCCACGCUCGAGCUCAAGAUCCACGGCACCUUCCACAUGCAGAAGACCGGCGGCGGGGCCGCGGUCCAGGCCGCGGGGCGCGGCCCGCACGUCCCGAAACUGUACAAGUGCGCCUCCUGCCUCAAGGAGUUCCGCUCCAAGCAGGACCUGGUGAAGCUGGACAUCAACGGGCUGCCCUACGGGCUGUGCGCGGGCUGCGUGAACCUCGGCAAGAGCGGCAGCCCGGGCCUCGCCGCCCCGCCCGGCGCCGCCAGGCCGGGCCUGGGCCAGAACGAAGGCCUGGGCGCCCUCGAGGGGAAAGGCAAGGCCGGGGGGCCGAAGACGCGCUGCUCCAGCUGCAACGUCAAGUUCGAGUCGGAGAGCGAGCUGCAGAGCCACGUGCAGGCCGUGCACCGGGAGCUGCUGCCCGACGGCGGCGGCGGCGCGCCGCUGAAGACCCCGCAGGUCUCGCCCAUGCCCCGGAUCAGCCCCUCCCAGGCGGACGAGAAGAAGACCUAUCAGUGCAUCAAGUGUCAGAUGGUUUUCUACAACGAAUGGGAUAUUCAGGUGCAUGUUGCAAAUCACAUGAUUGAAUCACACGAUGACCCAGCACAGCAGCUAGUGGGAGCGCGGUCUGUGGAGACUCCUUCUGAGGCACAAAAAGGGAACACGUUUCACUCUUUGCACGAACCCCUCCUUGUUCAUGUAUAUUACUCAGAGCAUUGUAUUGUACCAUGAACUUGUAUUCAGACGCUGGAUGUUCAUGUGUGUGAACCUGGGAGCACCGGAUAGACAGACCCUCUGUAUAUAAAGUGUUGCACAUGUAUGAUGUCGUCGGAACCUAACACGGUCUCAUGAAGACGAGUGGACUUGGGCCCUGUUGAGGCAAGAUAGGAAGAGAGCGUGAGCAGAACGGCUAAAGAGGAAGUACUUCCAAGGAAGACCGCGUUCAGGCACCUGCGUGACGCAGGAGGCGCCGUUGGACUUGCUGUCAUGGACCCUUCAGCCUAGACUGUCCCUUUUUGGUAAAUCAGCGUUAACUCCGAGACUAUUUUUUCAUUGCCGAAGAUUCUGCGAACCACGAGGAGACGUUCUCACGGCGCAGCCCCGCCGGAUACGCCCGUAUGUAUGUUUGUGCGCCUUGCGAUGUGACAGGUAGCAUCACUAUAUAUGCAAUAGUUGUUAUGUAGACUGUCGGCGCGUUUCCCGGGAGAUUUGAGGCUCUGAGUGUUCAAGGUCCCGUGUGACCUCUCACGCCAAACUCCCGGAUCGGUUGGACUGACCUGUAUGUUACUGUUGCUCAUGUUUACUCUGCCCUGGACCUGGAGAUGACUGGAGUUGUUUUCCAAGAGGAAAUAAAUUCCGUUUCCC